AUGUCGCAAAGUACACUUCAAAAUCUGAAAAAUGAUGUGAAAGCUGGUCGUGUACCUAUGCGUGGUGUUAAUCUUGGUGGAUGGCUUGUUGGUGAAUAUUGGAUGACAUCAGCAUCACCUGCAUGGAGUGGAGUUCCAUCAGAUGUUGCUAAUCAUGGGGAAUAUAAAACUAUGGAAUAUCUUGGUCAUGCUAAGGGUGAUAAUCAAUUCAAACAACAUCGUGAUACAUAUAUUACUGAACAAGAUUUUCGUGAAAUUGCUGCAGCUAAUAUGAAUACAGUUCGUAUACCUAUUGGUUAUUGGAUUACUGGCUUUGAUAAUCAACCUGGUGGUGAUCCAAAUGGAUGGAAAGUUUAUGCACCUGGAGGAAUAAAUUAUUUAGAUAGAGCUAUACGUGAAUGGGCACCAAAGUAUAAUUUACUUGUAUUGGUUUCACUUCAUGCAGCUAAAGGUAGUCAGAAUGGUAAUGAUCAUAGUUCUCCAUCUGAUCCAGGCAAUUCACAUUGGUCACAAUAUCCAGAAAAUGUUCGAAAUGCAUUAGAUUGUGUCGAAUUUUUAGCACGACGAUAUAAUAAUGACUUAGCAUUUUUAGGUAUCGGUUUACUCAAUGAACCAAUGAGAACAACAGAUGAAGGAAUUUUGAAACAAUAUUAUUAUGAUGCUUAUGGUCGUAUUCGUACAUUUUCAGAUUGUAUGUUGACAGUAGCACCUUUACUUUAUCAACAAGGACCAUACGAUAGUGAUUGGGCUCGUUUUAUGCCACCACCUCAAUUUCAUGGCGUUCGACAUGAAUGGCAUCGUUAUCAAAUUUGGGGAUAUGAAGGUUGGAAUAAAGAUCAAUUAAUAAAUUAUGCUGAAAAUCAAUUGAGAACUGAUAUGAAAAACUGGAAAGGUAAUUGGUUAUUUAUUGGUGAAUGGUCAAUUGCAUCAUCAGCUGCUUUUAAUGAUGAUGAUUUACGUCGAUAUGCUCGAGCACAAAUUGCUGCAUUCAGUGAAUCACCUGGUGGAUGGACAUAUUGGACAUGGAAAUUUUAUAAUGAUGAUGGUUCAAAAAAUGGAUGGAGUAUGAGAGCAAUGAUCAAUCGUGGUCUUAUUCAACUUUAA